AGCGGAGGAUUUCUCCGGGCUGCCUGGGCGCUGGCAGCGCUGCCUCCCGCCCCAGCCCCGCCGCCUGCCCGGGCGCACUGCGGAGGAGGACGGGGGUCGCCUGCCCGCUGCUGCCCGGCCUCUGCCGCCGGCAUGGGGACGCAGGGGCUGGGGAUAACUUUUCUGACUUUGCCUCUCGUCGUGAGAGCAGCAGCGGGAGGGCAGUGGUGUUAUGACUCGCAGGACCCCAAAUGUGGACCCAGCCACUGGAAGGAGCUGAAAGCCACGUGCGGCGGCAGCAAGCAGUCCCCCGUGAACAUUGACAGGCGCCGGCUGCAGCGGGACAGCGGCCUCGGGGACAUCCUCUUCGAGGGCUACGACCAGGCCCCGCCGGGCAAGUGGAGGCUGGCAAACAACGGGCACACGGUGGUGCUGAGCCUGGCGAGCGAGUUGGCCUCCGAGCACAUCACUAUCAGCGGCGGGGGCCUCCCCAGCAGGUACCGCGCUCUGCAGCUCCACUUCCACUGGGGCAGCCCAGCUGGGAACGGCUCCGAGCACACCCUCGACGGGCGCCAGCUCCCCAUGGAGCUGCACAUUGUCCACAUCAAUGUCAAGUACCGGACGCUGGCAGAGGCCAAGGGGCAUCCCAACGGGCUGGCCGUCCUCGGCUUCUUCUUCCAGGUCUCUGAAACCCCUAACGCCAACUACAACACCAUCGUGGCGGGGCUGAGGAACGUCUCCCAGGCUGGGGACUCCGUGGAUUUGGCCUCCACCUUCCGCCUGAGCACCCUGUUGCCGUAUGCUGGCCGGCUCUCUGGGUACUACCGCUACCAGGGCUCCCUCACUACCCCUGACUGCAGCGAGGUCGUCGUCUGGACCGUCUUCGAGGAGCCGGUGGAGAUCGGCCAGGAGCAGCUGCGGGCGUUUGUCAGCACCCUCCACUUCCCGGCUGCCGGUCCCACGCUCCUAAAAAUGAUCAACAACUUCCGCCCGCCGCAGCCCCUCCGCAGCCGGAAGGUCUUCGCCUCCAGGGCGGCCACAGCCAGCGGCGGGUCCCCGUGCAGGGGCUGCCACCAGCUCCUCUCCCCCCUGCUCCUGCUCGCCUCGCUCAGCUCCUUCUCACCAACCCUGUAGGGUCUGGCCCAGCCUUUCACUGCUCUCCACACGAGCAUCGCCCCGCUGCAAUGGUCACAGGGAGGCAACGCACGUGGUUCAUGGGUAAAUGGGAGAA